UGGCUUCGUGAACUGAAGGGAUGGAAGGCGGGGUCUGGAUAUACUGAAUUCAACCGCGUGAGAGACACUUCAUACUAUUUAUUUCGAGAGCUUCGCGUUCUCAAGCCUCACAGUUGAGAUGAGGUGGGUUGUGUCAAAGUGGGAAUGUUAAUACUGGACAGGUAUAUACAAUGCACACUAAAGAUCGGGGAAAUCUCUCUGGAUAGAUCCCUAGUCACAAGCCCAAUUUGUUCGGUAUGGAUGCCGUACCGGCCACAAUAGGUCAGCUGGCUUGGUCAGUUACCCAUCACAUAGGCAACAUGUCGUCUAAUCGUCUUGUCAUCGCGCACAACUACUCGUGGAAUUCCACCGGUAUCUCUGGUGUGCCACGGAAAGGUGCCACGAUCGUGUCACCCGUAGUCAUGUUUCUCACGGGACUCAUCGGUAAUACGUUAGCUCUGAUCGUUCUGUAUAGGACUAAAACCGAAAUUCGUCGGACUAUGUUUUACACAUUGGUGGCCGGUCUGGCUUGGACAGACAUAACAGGCCAGCUGCUGACCUCGCCGAUUUCCAUCUACACCUAUAUCAAUGGACUGAGUUGGGCAGGAGGCGAGAAACUCUGCAAGUUCAACGGUUUCAUUAUGGGCUGCUUCGGACUGUCCACGCCUUGCAUAGUUUGCGCAAUGGCCGUGGAAAGAUUUCUGGCUGUCAAGUGUCCUUUCUUCUACUCCAAGUACUGUACUCGUUCCAUGGCUCGCAGAACUAUCGUUCUCUUGUGGGGAAUUGUGCUCAUGGUAAGCAUCAUGCCGCUCAUGGGUUUCGGACGUUAUUCCUUGCAGUAUCCUGGCACUUGGUGUUUUCUAGACUUCCAUACCACGGACCCAGUCCUCAGUUCCUACGGCUAUCUCUACGCGGGGCUAAACCUAGUGAUUAUUGUGAUUAUGACAGGCUGUAAUGUAUUUGUAGGAGCCACCCUCUUGAAGGUACGCUUUAUGAAACGUUAUCCUCUGUCCUACAACUGUGAUCAUUGUCAACUGUCCACUGAAGGGUACGAGGUUUGCAGCAGCCCUUUGCCACUGAAGAGGAAACAACAACAUGCUGUCCAAAUGCAAAUGAUAUGGUUGAUGUGCGCCAUAACUACAGUGUUUGCUGUGUGUUGGGCCCCUCUUAUGAUUCAGAUAGUUCACACUCUGGCCACAGGAGAGUUUGACUACAUGGCCGAUCUUCUGGGAGUGCGACUAGCCAGUAUUAACCAAAUCCUUGAUCCAUGGCUGUACAUCUUAGUCCGACGAAGCUUUAUACGGAAGGUUGUCCGCCGCUUCAAGACCACGCUGUGUGCUGAAUUGAGGGAACAUGGCAAACCAAAACCGUCAAACCCCAAGACUGCGUUUGUAUCCACCUCCCAAUGAUUUGGCUGCUAAUGGCAAUGCUGAUGGAGAGGUAGCGGUGCGUAUUGAAAUUAACAACGAUAUUAUGGGAUUGUAUCAACCAUGUCCACACUGCGAGAGCAGACGUCGUCGAGAGGUCUCGCCGAAUCUCGCGCUGCCAGAGAACAGCGGACAAGGACUCCCAGAUGUCAUGGGUAGCAACGACUCCCACCAUUCGGAACUUCAAAGUCUUCCUGAUGUCACACCGAAGGAAGC